AUGGGUCGGGAACGUGGAAAACGUGGAAAUUAUAAUGGGGACUAGGUUUUGCAAGGCGCGCGGCCAUGGCCGUGUUUUGGAAGAAAUGCGCGGAAGUCGGAAAUACUAUUAUUCUCGGGGUAUUUAAGAGAAAACAUGCAAACUCCGCCCCAAUUGGCAACUCGCCACCGCGUGUUUCCUCGUCUCCAAUGGAGCUGAUCUCAACAUCAAGUAUUUCAAACUGUUGUAGUUCUUUUCUAGAAUCACUCUUUUUGCAGAGAUCGCAAAGGAGUGAGCGUCGUGGAGAUGUGCGAAGAGUCGAGCCUGCGUCCGAUCAUUGUGCACAUGGCGCAGACGAAGCAACGGACUGGAAUGCCGAUGCUCGCGCUGAGCCAGGACAAGUUCGACGCGGCGGAAGUGACGAUGUGCUCGUUCCUGUGCAUCGACUCGGUGGCCACCGUCAAACUGACGCCGUGCGGACACCGUGUCGCGUGCGUCGAUUGUGCCGAGAAGACGGCGAUCCGGAGGUGUCCGGUGUGCUAUCAGUUCAUUGCGGGCGCCGAGGAUCAGUGUGAGUACACUUUCAGAGACCGAACAGCAAACUAUUCUCUCGUUUUCAGCCGGAAAAGCCAUCCAGAUAGGCUCUCGGUGCAGUGAAGCGUCGGAAAUUGAACGGAAAACGACUGAAGUCUCGCCGGAAUUGUACAAAAAGAUUGCGGAGGACGCGGUCCGCGAGGCGAAGAUUACGAUGGAAAAGGAGAAGCAAAAGGAGCUGAAUCUGCUCAAACAGAAGCUCGAGCAGCUCGAACUGGAGACGAGCUGUGCGAUUUGUAUGGACUCGAAGAUUGCCGUCAGUCUAUAAGGACCGCGACGAACACCCAACAAAACAAGAACGAUUUUCAGAUUGUGUUCAACUGCGGACACACGGCAUGCGCCGGUUGCACGCAGAAGCUCAACAAGCAGUGUCACAUUUGCAGAAAGACUAUCGAGACGACGCAGUGCAUUUACUCGUGA